AUGCUCUUGUAGACUGCUGUGGGUCGGUAAAUAAACUCAUCUCGUCACAUCGGUGUUCGGCCAUCUCGUCCUAAACUACCCAUUCUAUACUACCUACUAUAUCUCAAACUCAUAUUGACACAGGCAUAGAUUCGUAGAAUCUCAACUAUCAUUAGCCAAGUAUUACUUCAAUCGCCCGCAAGUUCAACAACCACAUAAAGGCAACGCCAGCUUCCAUUGCAGCCGCAACAUCUUCGGGCUGUACCUCCUUCAACUGCUUCAUUAUCAUCGUAUAGGAUCAAAUCAGAUCAUCCACUUGUCUUAUCAUACUGUGAGACAAUAUCUAGUACCUUCACUACCAUUCACGCUUCAUCCUUCCGUCUUACAACUAUUCUUUACAUCUCGCUGCAGACCUCCAUGGACAUUUCGCAUAACUAUGAACUCGCUUAAAAUAAUAGUUAACUCCUUUGAUACGCUCUAUCCGAAAAAGGAUUACGAACUCACAAGCUCGGCUCAAGACCUCGACGAAGAAGAUGACAUAGAUGAUGCUGGCGAAAUUAAUUUAGCCAAAGCAGACAUAGCGGAGCCCAAUGAAAGCACAACCAGCAUCAACAGUAAUAGUUCUGAACAAGACUCGAUAUUGCGGUCCAUCGCAAACCUUUUACGCUUUGCUAUCAAGACCAUUUUGUUUGUGCCCAACGUACUCAUAGUGAAACCUAUCAGCUUCAUGUGGCUCCUUGUGACUUUCCCAUUCAUCUACACCUUUGAACAACUCGGACUCGUUAACUUUGGGAAUAAACUUCGUCGCAACAAUAAUAACAUUAGUAGCGGUAAAAUAAUGACAAGCUCGUCUUCAACUCCUGACCAGCGCUCGGAAAUAGACGAUAAGACCGAGAUCCUCAAACAGGAAAACAUUCUUUCCAACAACAUCAAAUCUCCAACCUCAUAUUCCAAAUACAUAAUACCGCCACCAUUACGAUUAUAUCCCUUAUCCAGAAAUCCACAGAAGAAACGUAAGAGAAAGACUCUCAUUCUCGAUCUUGACGAGACGUUAAUCCACUCUUUAUCACGAGGUUCUCCCCGUUCUUUUAACACUUCGUCGUCUUCGGCUCCGAAAAUGAUCGAAAUCAAACUCAACAAUAUUGCAUCUCUAUACUACGUUCACAAACGGCCCUAUUGUGACUACUUCCUCAAAGAAAUCUCGAAGUGGUUUGAGCUCCAGAUCUUUACGGCUAGUGUCAAGGAAUACGCUGAUCCAAUCAUUGACUGGUUGGAAAGUGACAUAAUAGACAACUCCCGGAAGAACUCCAAGCAUGAGUCAGACUCAGAGGUUCCCAGCAAAAUCUUCACCAGAAGAUACUACAGAACCGAUUGCACAUAUCGACAAGGAGUAGGAUACAUCAAGGAUUUGUCUAAGUUCUUCGCCAAAGACGAUGAGCUUAAGAACGUAAUUAUCCUCGACAAUUCUCCCAUAAGUUAUGCUCUUCAUGAAGAUAAUGCCGUCAUGAUUGAAGGGUGGAUCAACGAUCAGCGAGACCGCGAUCUUUUGCAUUUGUUGCCCAUGCUUCACAGUUUGAGUCUCUGUAUAGAUGUAAGGUACAUCUUGGGCUUGCGACACGGAGAGAAGUCCUUUGAAAGGUAACCAAUUAUAUCAUUACUAUUAAUCUCAAUAUUUAUUGCUUGCUUUAAUGAACUAGAGUCAAAACAUCAACUCCAAAAUUACACCGUUAAUAGAAAAGUUUUGAAUUAGAUACUACAUACAUUUAUGUCAAUGUAUACGAUUGCAUUU